AUGUUAGCAUGUGUGAGCAUUUUAGCUGUGGACUUUAAGAUUUUCCCCCGCCGUUUUGCUAAGACGGAAACUUUUGGAUACUCUCCAAUGGAUGCUGGAGUUGGGUUGUUUUGCAUAUCUAAUUCGGUCAUUGUGCCAAGUGCAAUAUUGCAUAAAAGAAUUGAAACCAAUUCAUGUUUUAAAGAUGCCCUUAUCAAAACUUUGAAAAGUUGCAUUCCUUUAGUUCUCCUUGGUGGUGCUAGAUUUUUCACCACUACACAAGUAGAUUAUCAGUUACAUAUUUCAGAAUAUGGUGUUCAUUGGAACUUUUUUUUAACUCUAGCUGCAUGUAAAUUAAUUUCAUUCUUUAUAUCAAGAGACUUUGGUACAAAGUGCUCAUUAGUUACAUCUCUAAUUGUAAUCACUGUUCAUGAGAUAAUAUUAUAUAAAGGAUUACAAAAGUGGGUUCUCAGUGACAUUUCUAGAGACAGUUUUUUGACAGCCAAUCGAGAAGGCAUAGCAUCUUCAUUGGGAUAUGUUGCUUUGUUUAUGGCAGGCAUGGGUAUUGGAAAUUUGAUGUACUGUGAGUCAAAUACUAUUGGAGAUUUAAUUGUAUUAGUAAAGAAAUUCACUUUAUUUUCGGUCUUUCUGUGGACUACUUCAUUUGCUUGUCAAGACUGUUUGAUUGUUUCUCGUAGGUUAGCUAAUUUUGGUUAUUAUAUGUGGAUUCUCACAUUCAGUGUAACCACAUUAACAGUGUUCAUGAUAAUAGACUUAUUUCUUCAAACUCUAAAGUUGUCAUCUGUGACAAAGACUGAAAAGAGAGUUACAAAGGACUCCGAAGGUCAUGUACCUAUUCUUUUCAAUGCCAUUAACUACAAUGGACUUGCAUUCUUCUUAAUUGCAAAUGUUUUCACAGGAUUGAUCAAUUUGUCAAUUCAAACUCUUUGGGUAAAUGACAUGUGUAGUGUUAUCAUAAUAUUUUUGUAUGCUUUUGUUAUCAGUGCAAUUACUUUUCUGUUGUAUUGUAAGAAUAUUCAGUUAAAGGCAUGGUGA